AUGGAAAACCAGACAGUUGUGGUCGAAUUUAUUUUACUGGGCUUCCCCAGCAUCCAAAAGGUGCGAAUUCUAGUGUUUGUGGGUGUCUUGGUGAUCUACACCUUGACUGUCACUGGGAAUAUUGUCAUUGUGGCCACUGUAGUCCAUGACACCACUCUACAUAAGCCAAUGUACUUCUUCCUUGGAAAUCUUUCAUUCUUAGGAAUCAUCUAUGUGACCGCGACCAUACCCAAACUGCUGGCCAACUUACUUUCAAUCAAGAAAUCGAUCAGCCUAGCUGGUUGCAAAGCUCAAGCAUUCUCCCAUUUUUUCCUGGGGGCCACCGAAUUCUUCCUUCUCACCGCCAUGGCGUAUGAUCGCUACAUGGCUAUUUGCCACCCUCUCCACUACCAUGCCAUCAUGAGCAGUAAGGUUUGUGUUCAGCUGGCUUGUGGCUCUUGGCUUGGUGGCUUGAUGACGGUCUUGGUGCAGACGAUUCUAGUGUUCCGCCUGCCUUUCUGCGGCCCCAAUAUCAUCAAUCACUUCUACUGCGAUGUUGGACCGUUGCUGAAGCUGGCUUGCACCGACACUCGCCCCAUCGAGUGGAUCGUCUUCAUCGUGGCCACCAUUGUGGUGUUCUGCAAUUCCCUGAUGACGGUGGUUUCGUACAUCUUCAUCAUCUCCACCGUGAUGAGAAUCCCAUCAGCCUCUGGGAGGCAGAAAGCUUUCUCCACUUGCAUUGCUCACUUGAUGGUUGUCAUCAUGCUGUAUGGGGCAAUCAUCUUUAUCUACGUCAGGCCAAGCGGACAUGCCUCGUUGGGUUGGAACAAGUUGGUGUCCCUCCUAAACACCCUGGUCACUCCACUGCUGAACCCUUUCAUAUAUACACUCAGGAACAAGGGUGAAAGAGGAUGGAUUCACCAGGAAUAA